GAAGAAGCCGCAAAAAGUGACAAGAAACACGCCAAACGAGGACUCUCUUUGGGCUAUGGAGGAUACAGUGGCGGCUACUCUGGAUUAGGAUACAGUUCGUUGGGUCAUGGCGCUCAAGGAUACUCUUCACUCGGCUAUUCAGGUCUUGGUCACUCUUCACUCGGAUUUUCAGGUCUUGGUCACUCUGCCGGUUACGUCUCAGCAACUCCACUCGCUGCAGCACACACUGGCUACGUCGCAAGUGCUCCAUUCGCUGCACACACCGGAUACGUUGCAAGUGCACCAGUCGCCCAAGCUGCACACACCCAUACCCACAGCGCUGAAACUAAAGUUGUAGCACAGCCAUAUGCCGUUCCACAACCAUACCCAGUUGUUCAAACACGUACCCAAGUCGUGGAACGCCCAGUAGCUGUGCCACAACCUUACGCUGUUCAUGUACCACAACCAUACCCAGUUGAAGUUGUUAAGCACGUUGAUCGUCCAUACCCAGUCCCCCAACCAUACCCAGUCGUCCAAACUAAAGUCGUCGACCGUCCAGUACCACAACCGUACCCAGUCCAAGUCAUUAAGCACGUUGACCGUCCAUACCCAGUGCCCAAACCAUACACAGUAGAAAAGGUUGUCGAGAAAGUCGUAGUUAAACACGUCGAUCGUCCAGUCGAAGUCAUCAAGCACGUCCCACAACCGUACACAGUUGAGAAAGUCGUUGAAAAAGUCGUAGAUCGCCCAGUCGAAGUCAUCAAGCACGUCCCACAA